AUGCGGCCCUGGGCCGGUUCAUGGCGUUGGAUCACCCUGGUGCUAUUAGCCUGGGGCACGCUGCUCUUCUACAUCGGUGGCCAUUUGGUGAGGGACAGUGAGCACCCGGAGCGCUCCAGCCGAGAGCUUUCCAAAAUUCUGGCCAAGUUGGAGCGACUCAAGCAGCAGAAUGAAGACCUGCGGCGUAUGGCUGAAUCGCUCAGGGUACCAGAGGGUCAAGCAGAGGUUGGCUCCUUGGCUGCGGGGAGACUGCGCUCGCUGGAAGAUCAGCUGACCCGAGCCAAGCAGAAGAUCCACACUUUCCAGAAGCUAACAGGAGAUGGCCCUGGGCCCACUCAGGAAGAGCUGCGCCGGAGAGUGGACAAUGGUGUCAAGGAGUUUUGGUACUUUGUUCGCAGUGAGGUGAAGAAACUGGCCAACACUGAGGUCAGCGAGAGGCAAAAAUAUGCUGAAACACUCCUGAUUGAUUUGGGAAACCAGGAAAGGUCCAUCAUGACAGACCUGUACUACCUCAGCCAAGCAGAUGGAGUGGGCGAAUGGAGGAUGAAGGAGGCCAAAGACCUGUCGGAUCUGGUCCAGAACAGAAUCACCUAUUUGCAGAACCCCCCGGACUGCAGUAAGGCCCGGAAGCUGGUGUGCAACAUUAAUAAGGGUUGUGGUUACGGCUGCCAGCUCCAUCAUGUCGUCUACUGCUUCAUGAUCGCGUACGGUACCCAACGCACACUCAUCCUGGAGUCCCACAAUUGGCGCUACGCUCCAAGCGGCUGGGAGAGCGUCUUCCUACCUGUCAGUAACAGCUGUACCGACCGAUCUGGUGCUACUACUGGACACUGGUCAGGUGAAGCCCAUGAUAAGGAUGUCCAGGUUGUGGAGUUGCCAAUAGUGGACAGUCUUCACCCUCGCCCCCCCUACCUGCCUUUGGCCAUCCCUGAGGACCUGGCGCCACGUCUGCACCGCCUGCACGGUGACCCCUCCGUUUGGUGGGUGUCCCAGUUUGUCAAGUAUUUGGUCCGGCCCCAAGCUUGGCUUGAGAAGGAGAUCCAGCAAACUACAGCCAAACUGGGUUUUAAACAUCCCAUCAUUGGCGUCCAUGUUAGGAGGACAGACAAAGUAGGCACAGAGGCAGCCUUCCAUCCUAUAGAAGAGUAUAUGUUGCAUGUAGAAGAGCAGUUCCAACAAUUGGCACGACACGGCCACGUUGACAAGAAACGGGUGUACCUCGCCACAGACGACCCAUCCUUGCUGCAGGAAGCCAAGACAAAGUAUCCCGAUUAUGAGUUCAUCAGCGACAACUCCAUCUCGUGGUCAGCGGGCCUACACAACCGCUACACUGAGAACUCUCUGAGAGGAGUCAUCUUGGACAUUCAUUUUCUUUCCCAGACUGACUUCUUGGUGUGCACUUUCUCCUCACAGGUGUGCCGCGUGGCUUAUGAGAUCAUGCAGACCCUCCAUCCAGACGCUUCGUCCUUCUUCUAUUCUUUGGACGACAUCUACUACUUUGGAGGCCAGAACGCUCACAAUCAGAUCGCCGUGUACCCCCACCAGCCCCGCAACAGCGAGGACAUCCCGCUGGAACCUGGUGACGUGAUCGGCGUGGCCGGCAACCACUGGGACGGUUACUCCAAGGGCAUCAACCGCAAACUGGGCCGCACCGGCCUCUACCCCUCCUACAAGGUCAAAGAAAAGAUCGAGACUGUCAAAUACCCAACGUACCCCGAGGCUGACAAACUGCUCGAGUCCCACAAAAAAUGA